UCCAAACCCUUCUUUUUUUAGUGUCCUCCCAUUUCCCGCCCUUCAUCUUAGAGCCCCAAAUUUGAAGACCAAAAACAAUGAACCCCUCAAACCUCCUCCCCAGCCAGAAUCUAACGAUGGGCUGUCCAGUCCUGGACCGCUGCCUCGGCGGCGGAAUCCCCUGCAACUCCCUCACGGAGCUCGUAGCCGAGAGCAGUUGCGGCAAGACCCAAUUCUGCCUCCAACUCACUCUCUUCGCUCAGCUCCCUCCUUCCCACGGCGGCCUCUCCGCCUCCUCUCUUUACCUCCACACAGAAUUCCCUUUCCCCUUUCGCCGCCUCCGCCACCUCUCCCACUCCUUCCGCUCCUCACACGCGAAUCUUAUCCUCUCCAACCCCUAUGAAGAUGUGUACGUUCACGCUGUACACGAUGCACACCACCUGCUCGACAUAAUGCCCAAGAUAGAGUGCUUUGUUGCGAGCAGGAAAACCCGGCUGCCUGUGAGGCUAAUUGUGAUUGAUUCCAUUGCCGCACUAUUUCGCAGCGAAUUCGGCAACAACCCUUUGGAUCUUAAGCGGAGGUCCUUCCUGUUCUUUGAGAUUUCCGGGAUGCUGAAGUUGUUGGCGAGAAAGUACGGCUUGGCGGUGGUGGUGACGAACCAGGUGGUUGAUUUUAUGGGGGAAGUAGAGGGGAUAAGUGGGAUGAGAGUUGGGAAUUUGAGCUCCUUGCAUUCAUCCGGAAGACGGGUUUGUCCUGCUUUGGGAUUAGCUUGGUCACAUUGCGUAAAUUCGAGGUUGUUCUUGUCUAGAAAUGAGGAGAUUGUUGGGAGAGAAAAUGAUGGGUUGGAGGAUGAUCUGUGCAGGCAAACAAGAAGGCGCCUUGAUGUUGUUUUUGCUCCUCAUUUGCCGCCAUCAUCUUGUGAGUUUGUAAUCACAAAGCAAGGGGUGUUUGGAGUUGACAGAUAACGGUAUUAUUGUGCAUCUAAAUCUAGCAUAUAUGAGUUUGAUUAGCUAAUGGAGCUUGAACACUUUUUAUUUUUCGGUUACUGUUAAAGUCAAGUACAUUAGGAACGUGAAAAUAUUGAAGAGAAUUCAUUCACCUGGGAUUUUAAGAGAGUUUUCACAUGGCAUUUCGCCUCUUCAGGCGUAAUUUUCAAGUUCUGCCCAACUGUCACAGCGGAUGUGAAUUUCAGGAUUCUGAUGCUCUUCAUCGCCACUCUUCCUCUCUCUUGGAUUUGAUGGCAAGCAAAUUGAGUUUUGUAAAAUUGAAGUCAAUCUUCAAAUUACAACCGAUUGAAGGAAAAUCUCAAUCCUUUUUAGGUUUUUGGAGGGAUUAGUGUGAUGAUAUUGUUGUUCAUUGAGCUUGCAAUUGUAGUCUUGGUAUUAAGUUUUGUGGUGUUUGGGUUGCUGGCAAGGAACUGGAACUAUCACAGCUUGAAUCGGAGCAUCAACAUGUGUUGAUGGUGCUGCUAGUCAAGGGAUUGAGCUGGAAUGAAUGGACAGGGCGGGAAGAGAACAUAGGCUCAGACUGUCAGACUGUGACACUGCAACUACAAGCAGAAGACAAUCCUUUUCCAGCAUUGAGUUGUCGGUCCAAGUUCAGUCAAGACAGUUCUUCUCAGUGUAGAACCAACCAAAGUUCAAACCCAGAUCAAAAUCAGAAUGCGAACAAUUCUCAGCUCCUUUAAGAUUUCCCAUCGCAUAAUUUUAGUUAGUUUUGAAAUUAUAUUCAUUUUUCUCUUAAAUUAAUAUAGAAUAAUGCUAGGUGAAUUAUUUUUUUGGGCACUAUUUACAACCCAU